CCUCCUUCUGCAGUCACACCCCACAACCCCACAACCACACCCCUCUCCCAGAACCCAGCCUAGAGCAGAAGCCUCUGCCCUGAUUGGGACAAAUAUCUAUCACUGACCACAGCUGGGAGAGCCCAGCUCAGCCUGCUGGCUAGGGGGCCCCAGACCCAGCAGCUGCCCGGGCAUGGAUGGUGUGGGCACCGUGGUGCUGCUCCUGCUGCUGGCCAGGGUCUACCUGCUCCUGUCCCUUGGCUUUCGGAGCAAGGGCAGGCUGCCCCCGGGCCCCAGGCCUCUCCCGGUUCUGGGGAACCUGCUGCAGCUACCCUCCCGAGAUUUGCUGACCUCGCUCACCAAGCUGAGCAAGGAGUAUGGCUCCGUGUACACCAUGUACCUGGGCCCCAGGCGUGUGGCGGUGCUCAGCGGGUACCACACGGUGAAGGAGGCGCUGGUGGACCAGGGGGAGGAGUUCAGUGGCCGUGGAGAUUACCCAGUGUUUUUCAACUUCACUAAGGGCAAUGGUAAGCUUCCUCCCUCUCCUCCAUUCCCCAAGCUUUCCAGACCCCCAGUCACCCCAGGACCUUGAAUGGCACCUCAUCCCCAUCCCCAUUGCCAUCCAAC